AUGGCUCAUCUCCCCAGAGUUCUUAUGGUCGCGGAGAAGCCCAGUAUUGCACUCUCGAUAGCUUCAGUUCUCUCUCAUGGCAAGAUGUCUACACGGAGAGGAAGUACAGAGGUGCAUGAAUUUGAUGGGAUGUUUCGAGGCUUCAAUGCACAUUAUAGAGUUACUUCUGUUAUUGGACAUGUUUUCAGUGUAGAUUUCCCAGAAAAGUAUCAAAAUUGGGCAACAAUCGAUCCGCAAGAUCUUUUUGACGCGCCAAUUCAUAAGAAAGAGUCAAACCCGAAGGCUCAUAUUUGUAGGCAUUUAAGUAAUGAAGCACGUGGUUGCAGUUACAUGGUGUUGUGGUUGGAUUGCGAUCGUGAAGGGGAGAAUAUAUGUUUUGAAGUUAUCGAGUCCACUGGCUUUGACAUGAAAGAUACUAAGAGAAGGGUUUAUCGGGCUCGAUUUUCUUCUGUGACCGAGAAAGAUAUCUCAAAGGCCAUGGACAACCUUGUUGAACCAAAUAGGGAUGAGGCACUGGCAGUAGAUGCUCGUCAAGAGAUAGAUCUAAAAGUUGGCGUAGCAUUCUCGCGAUUCCAAACAAGUUAUUUUCAAGGAAAAUAUCAGAAUCUAGACUGCAGAGUUAUCUCUUAUGGGCCAUGCCAGACUCCUACUCUUGGGUUUUGUGUGCAACGGUACAUGCAGAUUAAUACUUUCAAGCCAGAAAAAUUUUGGGCUCUGCGACCUCAUAUAAUGAAGGAUGGUUAUGAGCUUCAGCUAGAAUGGGAGAGACGUAGAUUGUUUGACCUGGAAGCUGCUACUGUGUUCCAAAAGUUGGUCGUGGAAGGAAGAACAGCAAAAGUAAUUGAUGUAUCAGAAAAGCAGGAAGUCAAAGGUCGCCCAUCUGGUCUUAACACAGUCAAUCUGCUUAAGGUUGCUUCAAGUGCUCUAGGAUUUGGGCCACAGACGGCUAUGCAUCUUGCUGAGCGGUUGUAUACUCAAGGCUACAUCAGCUAUCCGCGUACAGAAAGCACAGCCUAUCCUUCUUCAUUCGACUUCACAGAUACACUCAGAGCACAAGUCAGUAAUCCAGUAUGGGGUGAUUACGUACAGAGACUGCUCUCAGACGGCUUUAGUAAGCCAAAGUCAGGAACCGAUGCUGGAGACCAUCCUCCUAUCACUCCAAUGCGAGCAGCAAACGAGGUCAUGGUCGGAGGAGAUGCUUGGCGACUCUAUCAGUAUGUCUGUCAACAUUUUAUUGGCACAGUGUCACCUAACUGCAAAUACAUUAGGACCAAAGUGGAAUUGUCAAUUGGUGGAGAAACUUUCCAUUGUACAGGGCAGCGUGUAACAGAAAAGGGGUUUACAGCUAUAAUGCCAUGGUCUGCUGUAGAUGAGAAAAAACUUCCGUCUUUUCUCAAAGGUGAGAAGAUCGAAGUGUCAGGAGUGGAGCUAUACGAGGGGAAAACUGCUCCUCCGGACUUCCUUACUGAGAGUGAGCUGAUAUCUUUGAUGGAGAAGCAUGGUAUAGGCACAGAUGCAUCAAUACCUGUGCAUAUAAACAACAUUGGUGAACGUAAUUAUGUUCAGGUCCAAUCCGGGAGGAAACUGGUUCCAACUGCAUUAGGAAUCACGCUGAUAAGAGGCUAUCAAUGUAUUGAUCCAGACCUUUGCCUACCAGACAUCCGGAGCUUUAUCGAGCAACAAAUCACUCUUGUUGCCAAGGGCCAAGCUGAUCAUUCACACGUUGUGCAACAUGUGAUUGAACAAUUCCGGCGUAAAUUCAGUUAUUUUGUUCAACAGAUCGAACACAUGGAUGCCCUCUUUGAAUCACAGUUCUCUCCUCUGGCUGAUUCUGGCCGCGCUUUAAGUAAGUGUGGAAAAUGCUUGCGAUACAUGAAACACAUCACAGCAGUCCCACCACGUCUCUUCUGCGGCACUUGUGAAGAAGUUUAUUACCUUCCUCAAAAGGGCACAGUAAAGCUGUACAAGGAACUCACAUGUCCUUUAGACAAUUUUGAGCUCGUGAUCUAUUCAGUUCCAGGACCUGAGGGGAAGUCAUUUCCAUUAUGUCCAUACUGCUACAAUUCUCCUCCAUUCGAAGGCAUAGACACGCUCUUUGGAGCCGCUAAGACGUCUAAUACUUCUGCGAAAACCAAAACCGGUUCGGGCAUGCCGUGUUCUCUCUGUCCUCAUCCCACAUGCCAACACUCUCUGAGAAACCAAGGAGUCUGCGCUUGCCCUGAGUGCGAAGGCACACUUGUCUUGGACCCGGUCAGCUUCCCGAAGUGGAAACUCAACUGCAACUUGUGUAGCUGCAUCGUUUUGCUUCCGGAAGGUGCUCACCGCAUCGCCACCACUAGUAACCGCUGUCCCCAGUGCGAUUCAGCCGUAAUAGAGAUAGAUUUCAACAAGAAAACUACUCCCCUAGAGAACGGAGCCACGCUGCAUCAAGGAUGUGUGCUCUGUGAUGAGUUGCUUCUCUCGCUGGUUGAAGUGAAACAUGGAAGUUUUACUACAAAUCUUCCUUACUACAAGAGAACAAGAGUGUGA